AUGGUUGACUGUAAAACUCUGUGCUUCAUUUGGAUCUUAUCCUCAGUUCGAGCUCAGGUUCGUAUCGGAGAUUUGUUUUUCCCUAUCACUGUGCAACCUCCUUUGUAUGAGAUUCCCAACAACGAUCGGACAGAUACACUGUAUGAUGAGAUCAUAGACAUCCGAACAGAUAAUGAGUUACAGAUCCCAAAAGCUCAGUUGGAGAAGAAUCAGCUGAAAUCGAAGACUCCUCUAUCAAAACCUGACGGACACAUGACUUCCACAUAUCUCAAGCCUUCCGAUGUCUCCUACAAAACAGAUGAAAUCACAUCAAAAGAUUUGGAAAUAACAAAAUCUCUUUUUCCUCCGAAAGCCAUUCAGUUCAAGGAGGACAGUGGCAUUCCGUUGGGUUCGCCAAUGCCGUCGAAGAUGCCGUCAUUUGGAUUGGAUCCUAUAAUCACCAUGUCUCAUGCGAUUGUUAUGAAUAAUGAAACGCCUGAGAAUUUGAAGGCGCAAACUUUACCACCAUUGGCCCUAUUAUCUAGUACAAAUGACGUCAUUGAUCGUGGAGAGAACAAGAUUCAACAAGAAAACACAAGUGUCACCAAGAAUAUGGAUAUGAUAAUUCCCAAAUUGGAAAAUGAUGUUCAACGUUUGGAUUUGGAAGUGAGUGUCCUAAAGGAUUUGGUUCAAAAGCUUCUUCGUCAUGUUUACCGAGAGAAGAGAAAAGCCAUGCAGAAGAAACAGCAGACGUUAGAUUCGCCAUCUUCCCAGCCCUUCUUACACACGUGGAAGGAUUCUCAUAAUAAUUAA